AUGCCACGUAUUCCGAGGUCGACAAGUUGGACACGUUGGGAGCUUGAUUUGCCAAGUGAACAGGACACUUUGAAGUCAACAGAGAAAUCCGGCAUGACAUACUAUGGAGAGCCGGACGGCGAUCCGAUCGAUUCCGAAGGGCCACCACUCGUCGCCAGUCGCGAGCUGACCGCCACGUCAGCCGCAAUCGAUGUCACGCCGUCACUGGAUGAGGCUCAAGUCGGAGAGGGUGGUCGUUGUCGACUCGUGUUUCCUCGAGGCCUUGGAAAAGGAACCAUAGUGAAAAUCCCAUGUGUCUUGUCAUUUGUGAUGCGAGGCGGCGGAUACCGAGGAGAUCCUCGGAGUCGUGGAGGUUUUGUGGGAGGACCUACGUUUCCCGUACGACCUCCUCCUUUUGAUAUACAUCUCGCAAACGAUGUUUUCGUUAGGAUCAAUGAGAAUAAUGACGCACAGCUUACUCAGGAUGUGGUAGCACGUGCUACGGCUCUUACCCCUACCGAUUCUGAACGUGCGGCUGUGGCGGCGCUGGUUCUGAAAGUAAAAACAGCGCUCGAUAAAGUCAUGAGUACACCUGAUUGCGUUCCUGGUGUUAAAUUCGAUGAAUAUCGCGAAGUGGGUUCGACGAAGAAGGAUACUGCUCUUACUGGUCAUACUGUUGCCGAUAUUGUAAUUGUCAUGCAGACGCUUCCAACAUUUGAGGCAGUAGCUGCUUUGGGUAAUAAGUUAGCAGAGGAGUUAAGAGCUCAAAAAGAAGUCGUCUCAUGCGUUUCACGUGAAUACGGUUGUCUUUUGGCGGCUGCUAACGUUCAAGUACGUAUCCUCAUCACAACGCUUCCUAUCAAUGCUCCAAAUUUGGAACCUGAUCUUCACUCCGUUCUACAAGUUUCAGUGGCAGAGCGUGUGAUGAUGAUCAAUCACCAUGCCCUUCGACACGUUGUUUGGUUUGAAGAAGCUACGUUACAGUCUCCUUUUAAGGUGUUAGUCCGAGUAUUGAAAGACAUACGGCGACGUCAUAGCGGUCUUCAGCCACUGUCAGUCUUCAAACUUAUCAUUCUCUGUUUUGAGGCUCAUUUUGCCGUUAUGAACACCGCAAACCGACAGCCGUUACCUCUUGGUCCUGCUUUUAGAAGAGUGUUUGAAGCUCUUGCUACGGGGAUAUUUUUACCUGGAAGUCCUGCAUUGUUUGAUCCCACUGAGCCAGGAAUGCGAAUAGGUUAUGAUCUCUCAUUUGAAGAUAUGGCAAGUGGCGAAUUGCAGGACCUCGUAUGUAGUACUGCACAGACUUUACUACGAGUUAUUUGUAAUGGUGGCCAUGCUGCUGUUUUGGGGAUAGAUCCGACGAAAAUUGGCAUUGAAGUCGCGUAUGUGGAGGAUUGCAUGAAACCAAAAUUUUGUGAGGCAGAUGAAGCGCUUGAGAAUGACACUAAAACUUGA